GGAAGGCAGCUAUGCUAACCACUAUACCACCAACGCUUAGCGAUACCAAAGAUACGAACAGUAAUUUUUAAAUAAAAAAGAGUCCAUUCAAUUCUGGUUCAGAAAUGGAUUUAUUUGGUGAUCUUCCAGAACCUACAAACGACCCAGUUAAAGCUAAACAGCAGGACAAGGAACGAGGUGAGAAGAGGAAAAGAGAUGUCAGCUCGGAGGAGACAGAGGUGGAAGACAAGAAUCAAGAGGAAAAGAAAGUUUGUAAAGAUCUUCCGAAACUGAUGGGUUUUGUCUCAGCGAGAAAAGGCGAGAGAGAAGAGAUGCAAGAUGCACAUGUCCUGCUUCCAGAGCUGACCGUGACCAAUCUACCCUCACAAGUCUCUCGGCUGGCGUACUUUGCGGUGUUUGAUGGUCAUGGUGGAACUCGGGCGUCUCAAUUUGCUGCUGACAAUCUUCAUCACACACUGGUCAGCAAAUUUCCUAAAGGUGAUGUGGAGAAUUUGGAGAAGCUGGUGAGGAAGUGUCUGCUGGACACCUUCCGUCAAACUGAUGAGGAUUUCUUGAAGAAAGCCUCUAGCCAGAAGCCCGCAUGGAAGGACGGCUCCACGGCCACAUGCGUGCUGGCGGUUGAUGAUGUUCUGUAUGUGGCAAACCUGGGAGACAGUAGAGCAGUGCUGUGUCGUUUGGAGCAGGCUGAGGAUUCUGGGAAGAGGAAGUGUGUGACUCUGGCUCUCAGUAAGGAGCACAACCCCACCAUAUAUGAGGAGCGCAUGAGGAUUCAAAGAGCAGGAGGGACGGUCAGGGACGGCCGUGUGCUGGGAGUGCUGGAAGUGUCUCGUUCUAUAGGUGACGGUCAGUAUAAACGGUGUGGUGUGAUUUCCACUCCAGACCUGCGACGCUGUCAGCUCAGUCGAAAUGACAAAUUUGUUCUCUUGGCAUGCGACGGGCUUUUUAAAGUGUUUUCUGCUGAUGAAGCCGUUCAGUUUGCCCUCAACGUUCUGGAGAACGAGACUGUGGAGCAGAAGGAGGGUCAGAGUGAAGAGGCGGGGCGAUUUGAGGCUGCUUGUCAACGAUUGGCCACUGAGGCAGUGAGGCGGGGCAGUGCAGACAAUGUCACUGUCAUUCUCGUGUCUAUUGAGUUCUGAAAGCAUUCUACACACACACACACUUCCAUUCAGAAUAUUUUCUGUUGAACACACAGAUACACAUGAAUGCAUGAGUUCAGAAGUAGUAUAUGGUGCUGAAAUGAAAAUGUGGUUUAUUAUAGAGAACGUUUUUUUUUUUUUUUUUUCCAAAGCAGGGCUUUUGAAAACACUGUGUCAAAUUUAGCAAAUGCUAAAUAAUAAACUUUUAUACAAUCUCACAA